AUGAGCGUGAAGACUGUUCUAUCGAUUCUGUCGCAUGUGGUUCAUGGAUAUGUUGGUAACAGAUCGGCGGUUUUCCCAUUGCAAUACAGUGGAUGGGACGUGGACGCUAUAGAUACGACCAAUUUUUCAAAUCACCCCGGCUAUGGUACGUUCAAGGGCAAGCCAAGCUCUCCAGAGCUUAUUGAGAGUCUCUUUGAGGGUAUUAGUGAUAUAAUCAAUGCAGAUAGGGACUAUGACAUGAUUUUGACCGGAUAUGCCCCCAACGAAGCUGUGCUCAAGGUGAUCCAUCGGAAUGUGAGAGCUAUCUUCCAGAAAGCACAUACUAGACCAGUGUGGGUGCUAGAUCCAGUGUUAGGUGACAACGGUAAGCUCUAUGUGCUGGAAGAAGUGGUUCCCGCGUAUAAGGACAUUCUUGCAAGCGGAUAUGUGACUGUGGUGACUCCCAACCAGUUUGAGUUCGAGUUGUUGAGCGGCACGCCGGUAUCAAGCUGGGAGUCGCUUGUGGAUGCAUUCGAGAAGUUUAAUCAACAGUACAAUGUGCCAUAUGUGGUACUAUCGUCGGUCAUAUUAGACAACCGCAUGUAUUCCGUGGGCUUCACGGCCGCGGAGCCCAAAAACAAGAUAUUCUAUAUCCCUAUUGACAAAAUUGACUGUAACUUCAACGGGUGUGGUGAUUUGUUUGCAGCCUUGCUAGCCAAUGCCUUCUACUCGAACAGAUCGAUUCUCACUCCAAGGGUGUUGAGCGAUGUAGUGAUUAAGCUCACCAAGAUAUUGAACCAUAGCUACGAUUGUGAGAAAUUAAUUACUGGCUCAAACGAGAUAAAACUGGUAAAGGACAUCCGCAUAGUGUCGCUGAGAGAGGUGCUAUUACUGGAUAAUGGUAACGAUCUCGUUGAUGCCGCUAAAUACUUAUAG